UCGUCUAUCUCGAUCGGUGGCUCCGAUCCUCAGAGUUUCUCUUCCGAUCCGCGAGGAGAGUCUGUUGCGAAAGGAUGCUGCUCAAGUUCCGGGAUUUUGCAAGAUGUUUCGUCGGAUCGGAACGCGCACCCGCCUCAGCCGCGCGGGUAAGCGCGGCUCCGUCGUCGGCAGUAGUGGCGGCGGUGCCGGUGCACCUGCCGGACAACGACGACCUCCUCCUUGAGAUCCUGCUGCGGCUGCCGCCGCUGCCGUCCUCGCUCCCGCGCGCGUCGCUCGUGUGCAGGCGCUGGCGGCGCGUCGUGGCGGACCCGGACUUCCUCCGCCGCUUCCGGCGGCGCCACGCGAGGGCGGCGCCACCGCUGCUGGGCUACUUCUCCAGCGGCCCACACGGGCCCGUCUUCGCGCCGACGCUGGCGCCGCCCGACCGCGUCCCGCCCGAGCGGUUCUCCUUCUCCCCGCCGCGGCCGCGGCCGCCUGCCGGCGAGCGCCUCUUCCUCCUCGGGUGCCGGCACGGCCUCGCGCUGCUCAUCGACCGGAGACGCCUGGAGGCCGUGGUGUGGAACCCCGUCUCCGGGCGCCGGGCCGCCGUGGCCUACCCACCGGAGCUGACCACCGACAACGGGGCGCACUGCUGCCGCGGCACGGUGCUGAGCGCGAGCGCGAGCGCCGCCGUCGAUGAUGAGGGCGAUGGCGGCCACUACUUGAGGCCGUUCAAGGUCGUCCUGGUACGCACGGACGUGGGCGACGGCGGCCGCAUACGCGUGCUCGUGUGCGUGUACGCGUCCGAGACCGCGAGAUGGGGCCACGCCGUCUCCACCGUCGUCCCGUCGUCGUCCGUGUCCAACCUGCCCAGCGUGUUGGUCCGCGACGCGCUCUGCGGGUUCCUCCUGUGGCCCAACGGCAUCCUCGAGUACGAUCUGGAGAGGCACAGCCUGGGCGUGGUCCGGACGCCGAAGCGCCGCCACCCCAUCGACAGGUCCUUCUUCCAGGUUGUGAGGGCGCAGGACGGAGAGCUCGGCCUUGCGAUCUUGACCGAGCUGGGCAUGGAGAUGGAGCUGUGGGCGCGGAGGAGGAAGGCAAGCUCGUGCGCAUCGGAUGGUGGUGGUGAUGUGGACGGAGGGUGGGUGCUAGAGAAAACUAUUCGACUGGACAGCCUCCUGUCGCUGCCACGUCGUAGCAGCAGCACGAUGGACGACGGCAUCUUGUUGUCAGCGAGGAUACUGGGGUUUGAUGAGGAUAACAACGUCAUUCACGUAUCCACCUGCACCGGCGCCUUCGCGAUCCGGCUUGACGACUCCAUGCAGUUCACGGAACUCUUCGAGGUCAGCCGGAUUGGUUCGUACCAUUCCUGUCAUCCCUACGCUGGUUUCUAUACCGGAGGAGGUGUGCCUGGUCUUUUAACAAAUUCCAACUAUAUAUGUUCAGAAUAGAUAGAUAAUAUUGUUCAUGUGCUACGCUUAUAUAAUGCGGUUCGUAGCAAGAUUCAGGAGUAAUAAGCAUUUUCGCAAACAACUGUAUUUACUGCCAGGACAUAUAAAUUGAUUCUGAAUAUAUGGAGGUUGCAAGCUCGGUUUGGUCGACAA